GUUUUGAUUUACAAGGGGGCCACUAUCCCAACGUGUCACUGCAGCUAUCGCUCCGAGGUUCAGGCAGAUACAAACAUGGCAUGGUUUACUGCCAGAGCUGAUAAGUUGCGACGCAAUCAUUAACAACAACCAUAACAAAAACAAUAACAAAAACAAAGAAAACUUAUGGUGAACUUAUUAUUCUAUGGAGUCAAAACUUCGCAGCUUCACACGGUGAAUAAUCAUGAUUCCCAGGAAGCGUGCAAAACGAAAUCCUUCAUCUAAGGAGAGUAGUAAUGCUAGCAUGCCUGCAACUUUGCCAUUAGAGAUUAGCAGCAGUGUUGCGUCACAAUCCUCUACAGCACCAGAUCCGUCUAUGUCACCAGCGAAGCGUAAUAGCCCGGAUUCAUCCACAUCUACAAAACCCAAUGGCGCAAAACAGGUACGCAAAUCCCGAAGCUGGUACGGUUCCUGGCCACGAGCGCCUAAAUCUGCUGCCUCGACUCAAGUCUCACAUCAGACCGUCGUGGGCGGAACCCUUCGACCUGGUGCCGCUCCUGACUUUAGCCGCUUCGACUCCAAAAAGGACAGUGUUUCUAUCGAGUCCGACGCUCAAUCCACUAGAACAUUGUCUAAGAUCGCAGAAUCAGGCGUACAACCCGGACAGGAUGAUGGCGGACCUAUAACGCCGCAGGAAGCGAAUAAACCCGAUAACUCUGACGAACCUGUCGUGCCAAAGGACCAAGAGAAUUCCAAUACGACUGCAAAUGAUAACGAGAAUCAACCUCCUACGCAAACAAUACCACAACCACCACCCGCAGCCUCAUCCAGCUGGUUAGGAUGGUUCGGAAGGUCAUCAGCACCGGAGGGUGCUGUACCUAAGGGCGAAAGCAUGGAAAUUGAUUCCCCUCAGGAGCCUGAAAGUACACAGCCGGAUACUUCUACACAGAAACCACUCGAACCCGAGCACGAGACACCUGUAGAACCCGUUAAGCCUACGAAACCGACAAGUUCUUGGUUUGGAUAUUGGUAUUCAUCCUCGACUCCCGUGAUAUCGGAUAACACCGCACAAGUGACGACCGAUGUCCCGCCAACACAAGAACCUACACCAAAAGAUGACCAAGAUGUUGUCAUGGAUGAUGCCCCACCUUCGAAGCCGACGGAAGGGAACCAGCCACCUGCCAGUUCUACGUGGGCUUUCUGGUCUAGGGACACGGGUAAAAAGGGUGAUGCGAAAGCGAGCACUUCGUCGGAACCUGGCGAGCUAGCUGUUAUUGGCGAUGGUUCGGAGGCAAAUCCUAGACGUUCGACCAGUGUUGAGGUUAAUGGAAACGCUACACCUGUAAAGGAGCCUUCAGUCAAGGCACCGAAAGAAGUACCAGCCAAAGCGACUUCGUCCAAGAGGAGUAAAAGAGUACGGCCUCAGUCUAUGGAUAUUGAUGAAUCCCUACCUAGGCCGGACACCCCGCAAUCAGACGUAUCUACGAAGACUGUAACAGCGAAGCCGAGCACACCGAGUCUGAAUAAGUCCCCUGUACCGAAUUUACUUUUGCCCUCGUUUCGUAAUACAUACCGCAUGAAGGAAAAUCCAUCAAUAGUCAAGCAGAUAACGCAGUUACUUCUACGAACACAACAACCCCCUGCAAACCAUGUAUUCCUUGUUAAAGAACCGCCUAAGAUUAAGAAGGCUGUUGCUAUUGGCAUACAUGGGCUCUUCCCGGCAGCUUAUCUACGAUCGGUAAUUGGUCAGCCCACGGGAACGUCAAUUCGCUUCGCGAACCACUGUGCUGAGGCCAUACGGAGAUGGGCAGAAAGUCAUGGCUGUGGCGACUGCGAGAUUGAAAAAGUUGCUCUUGAGGGUGAGGGAAAAAUCGCAGAUAGAGUUGACAAUCUUUGGAAACUCCUUCUGAAUUGGAUCGAGCAUAUCCGCAGCGCAGAUCUUAUCGUUCUAGCAUGCCACUCCCAAGGAGUCCCUGUCGGGUUGAUGCUUCUUGAAAAACUGAUAGAUCUAGGGAUCAUCACUCGCUCUAAAAUCGGCGUCUGCGCUAUGGCUGGGGUUUCACUUGGGCCAUUCCCUGACUAUAAAUCUGGCAUGGGCAUGUUGAUGGGUUCUGCUGCUGAAUUAUGGUCAUUUGCGGACCCAGAAAGCGUAAUCUCAAAGAGAUAUCAACAUGCCCUUGAAGUUGUUGUCAACUAUGGCGCUCGCAUAACAUAUAUUGGUAGUAUCGACGAUCAAUUGGUCCCUAUGGAAUCAGCAAUCUAUGCACCAGCAUCGCAUCCUUACAUCUACCGAGCUGUUUUUAUAGACGGCCGUGUUCAUGCCCCGGAUUUCAUCGCUCACCUCGUCGGAUUCGCAUUGAAACUGCGUAACUUGGGUAUAUCUGACCAUGGGCUUAUUCGCGAGCUUUCUAUGCCACUUGCGGGUAGUCUAUAUUCUGGGGAGGGCCAUUCGAGGCUCUACGACGAUGAUCAAGUUUACGACUUGGCAAUAUCGCAUACUCUCGAGACAACUAAUGUUUCUGGAGUGCCCUGCCGAAUUCAGAAGCAGGAGAGACUAGCAAAUCCCAAUCCUUUCCUUUUGCCAUGGAUAAUGCGCGGCUUAUUAGAAGAGGAAUUCGUACGAACAGAAUUAUACUCGGAGACAACCGAGUUAUUAAAACAAUUCGAUAACUGGACCCCAACGACCAAGGCGCUAAAAGAUGUGAAAUACAGACUAGAGGCGGUUCGAUCGAAACUUUAAAAACCUAACGUUAACGAUGCCCGCGGUUAUCUCCAUGGACCCUUGGCGAUUCUUAUUUUCCGAAGAUUUGGAGUUGAUUAUAGGAAGCAUAUGAGGAGUUGUACGGUUUGGCUUCUGGCAAUACACCGCACGAAAGAGAUUUUAUUGUUUUAUAAACAACUACGAGGGAAUGGGAAGAAUGUAUCGUGUAAGAAUGGUUUGCAUACGACUCAUGAGUCCGCCGGAGUUAAGAGGAAUCAACUUGAAAUGAGUUAUCAUCCCGGGUUAGGGAGGUGGAACUACCUACGAGACUUCAGGGCUUACCUGCAUAUUAAGAUGGACGGCUCCACCAGAAACGGAGGAUACUUUUGUAUGGGGCGGGAGUAACCGAAGUUUGCUCAUUUUGCAUCAUAAGCCCGGGCGGCCGAGAUUACCUAGUAAUUUUGUAUUUGAACUUGCUUAUGAAUAAUUAAAUAUGAGAAGGGGGAUUCAGAUAUCCUUAGACACUUGUUGAAGAGUUGAGUCCCUUUCAUACAUCAAGUACCUACGUGUAGGUACACACUGAGUAAGUUACAAUAGGGUAAGGGGGUACGUACCUGAGUAAUUACCG